AUGAACAAAAACGGAACAGCUAAAAUGAAUGAUAAUCAAAUUAGAGCAGAAGGUAGAAGGUUAUUUAAACGCUUCUAUAACAUUCCUGAUGGUGUUAAUCCUAAAACUCGUAGAAGUUAUUUAAAUGAAGCAAUAGAUUCAUAUGAAGGGUUUGACAUUUCAUCAGAAAGUGAGAGAUUAGCGAGAAUGUUAAAUGUUAAUAUUGAUUUCUAUUAUUGUGAUCCUCAACCAGAAGACGUGGACAUAAAUAAGGUAGACUUUCCAUUAGUGGAAUCAAUAAUGAUAGAUCCAGAAUUUGAAACAGUAAAUAUUUUAUUAACACAGAGUCCAUGUGGAAAACUUCACGCUGACAGAAUAACAGACGUUGAAGCACUCACCGGCUAUAAAGUUUGUCCAUAUUGUAAAGAAGAAGUUUAUUCUAUCCGUGAUGAUCCAGAAAGGAAAAACCAAAGAAGAUUUUUAAAGCAUUGUGAGAAAUGUAAAGAAAAUAAUGGAAGAUUAAUUCAAGACGUUCAAUUGCAAAAGACCCAGCAACCAUAUGCACCACAUAUUACGAAACAGAAGAUAUAUCAGUGGUUAUUAGCUCACAAUUUGCAGGAAUAUUAUCAACCGACAAGAUAUUAUAUUACUUUUGACUUUGAAACAUUAGAGACUAAGGAAGAAUUACAACUUUCUGAGUGUGCAACUUUGAACGCUUACUUAAAACCAUUCAUGGUAUCAUCAACGGUUAAAUUAAAUGAUAAAACAUAUACGAGGAAUUUUUGCUUAACUUCGAGUGAUUCUUUUAUUUCUGAUUGGAUUGAGUUUUUAUUUUCAACCUGUUCAUUAGUUGCUAAAUCAAAUAUGAGUCAAUACAAUGAAUUAUUGAAGUCGCAAACGGCGGGGACUUUGUUCCAUACAUUAAAUGAAAGACAGAAGGAAGCAUUUAAAGAACUUCUAGAUGAGGAAUUCAAUAAAGUGAAUAUCAUAGGUUUUAAUUCGGGAAAGUUUGAUUUAAAUUUAAUUCUUCGUGAUUUAAACGCUGCAAAAUGGAAAAUAAAAUCAAUGCUGGGUUCAUCUUCACAAUUUAAGCAAGUCAUUGUAAAGAAAACAAACGUUCCAUAUGAAUUGAGAUUUAUUGACAUCAGAAAUUAUAUAGCGGGUGGGACAUUAGACCAAUUCACUCAAGAUUUCGGAAACAAUAAAUCACGUGUUAAAUCCUUUUUCCCUUAUCAAUUUAUCACAUGGGAGAAUUACGAAGAAGAAUUAUAUAAAGAGGAACCAUUCACGAAAGAUUCAUUUUAUUCAGCAUUAACUCAAGAAACUAUAUCAGAUAGUGAUUAUCAAAUAUAUCUCAAUGAUGCUAAAAAUUUUAAGAAUAGAUUAGAAUAUUUUAUUCAUUAUUGCAAUAAAGAUGUUGAAAUUAUGAUUGACUCAAUCGAUAAAAUUAUUGAAGAAACAUUUGUUUAUAAAAUUGAUAUGCUUCAUAAUCUUUCUUUAUCAUCGAAUGCUUCAAUGAUUCGUUACGCUUUAGCAUAUAAAGACUUUAAUCCUAAUGAAAAAUAUCCUGAGGAAGAGAUAGAAUCAAGUUUUGAAUUAACGAAAAAGUAUUGGAAAUAUAAAAUUGAAUCAUAUAAGAAACAAGAUGAAAAAGCAGAAAGGGAUACUAAAAAUAAUGUUUCAAUGGAUGAUUUUCAAUACUAUCACGAUUUAAUCCUUUCAUCUAAAUGCAAAAUGUGUGGUAAAGCGUUUACAUAUGCAAAUAAACCAACAUUGGAUAGAAUAGAUAAUGAAAAACCACAUACCAAAGAAAAUUGUCAGUUAAUGUGUUGUUAUUGCAAUGUCGUAAAAUCAAAUAAAGAUGAAGAUGUUCAACGUUUAAGAAUCAAUUUAAGAAAUUAUGCAUUAAAAAAUAAUUUACCAAUGACUUUAGAUUCAGUUGAAGCUUAUCACAUUCUCCGUAAUGGAAUUACUGGUGGUUUAUCAAAUGUUCAACACCGUGUUAAUCUUAAAGGAAUCACGCACAUUAAUAAACUUUCAUAUAAUCCAGAAACUAA